UGCACACUGUUUGCGAGCACAUACACCCCUGAAAACAUGGCAACCGAGGCUCCUCCGCAGGAUGCUACGAAAAGACUACAAACCAAGAAACAAACCUUGGACGAUGCUUAUGCCCCGCCAGCGAACUAUCUAGAGAUUGACGUUGGUAACCCCAUGACCCACGGAGUUGCCAGGAAAAGGUACACGGACUACGAAGUACGGAUGCGGACAAACUUGCCGGUGUUUAAAAAUAAGGAAUCAACUGUGAGACGUCGAUACAGCGAUUUUGAAUGGCUGAGGAGUGAAUUGGAACGAGACAGCAAGAUUGUGGUUCCACCACUUCCUGGGAAAGCCUGGAAACGGCAACUUCCUUUUCGAAGUGACGAAGGCAUUUUUGACGAAGACUUCAUCGAAGAUCGCAAAAAAGGAUUGGAACAAUUUAUCAACAAGGUUGCCGGACACCCUCUAGCUCAGAACGAGCGAUGCCUCCACAUGUUCCUCCAAGACCCCGUCAUCGACAAGAAUUACGUCCCCGGUAAAAUCCGCAACACAUGAGAAGAUAGCUGCUUGUCGUUACCCUUCUUCAUACAAAACUACAGGGCUGAGCCUCUGGAACGUGUUUUUCUUUGGCAUUAAUCGCAUAGACAUGUUGAAAGGGUUACUGUCACUGCGUUGGAGAUGGGAUAAAAUUUGGAGCACUUGACAGAGUCAAUUGUUCCUACCUGUUUUUUCAGUCCGUGCUCAACCAUACCACUCGAGUGAUUUCUUGUGGAGAAUAUUGUACAUAUUUAAUGCUUUUCCGAGUAAUUAAAAUAAAAUGUGCCCUCCGA